UGCGUCGUUACGUCACUGGCGGAAAAACCCGAAGCUGUCCGAGCGGUCUAGUAUGUAAACAAGGUCAGAGACUGCAGCACACGGUCCAAACAUUCCCAACCCCGGACCCGCUCAGACAAGACGGGACCGAACCUCUUCAGUCCAGAACCCGAGGAGCCGGAUCUUGAAGCAGCCAAGAUGAUGCAGUGCUUUCACUUCAUGGUGGAGCCGGCCAAAAGCCUCACAGCCAAGAUAAAGGAAUCUCAUAAGAAAGCAAAGAAGGACAGGACGGAGCCUCUGAAUGACGAUCAGCUGUUUGUUGUGGAUCUGGCACGAGACCUGAGCCGCGUGUGUCAGAGGUCGGCCGUCCUCGAGCACAUCUGGAACCUGGAGGACACCUGGCCGACCCUUCUCUGCCGGGCCUUCAUCCUUCAGUGGGCGUCCGUGCUUGAGACCAAGACGAGGCCGAUGCAGACGGACGGCUGGCCCGAGACGGUUGAGGGCAAACUGCCUGAUCUGAUUAAUGAGCAGGACCUGCUGCAGGCCAAGGCCAGGAUCCUGAACUGGGUCAAGGACCUGAGAGCUCAGCCUGAGCAAAGCGUGUGGCCCGGUGAACCCGUGGCAAAGGUUCUGGAGGACCUGCAGUCGGCCUGGCGCUGGGGCCGCGUGCCCUACCUGCUGACGGCCAUGGAGCUGCUCAUGUGGACCUUGGUGCUGCAGCGUCCAGAUAAGGACACCAUUCCACAGCAGUGGCUCACCUGGAAGCAGAGGAGUCAAAACAUUGGUGCCAUAUCGUACGUUCCUCAACCAGUAAGGAACUGGAUCUCAGACGCUGCAGUUGAGGUGACUCUGGAUCUGGACUCAGCCAACCCCGACCUCCUCAUCUCCGGUGACGAGAAGAAGAUGCGGUGCGGCUUCGAGAGGAAGGAUGUUCCUAACCACCACCAGCGCUUUGACGGCUGGUGGUGCGCUGUGGGGGCGGAGGGCUUGGGCCCCGGCCGUUACUACUGGGAGGUGGAGGUGGGCGAGCGGGACUGGAGACUGGGGGUGGCUAAGGAGUCCGCCCUGAGGAAGGGCUUCAAAUCGCUGAACACCAACACAGGGUACCUGACCUUACGGCUGGAGAGGGGCACCGAGCUGAAGGCGCUCACCGUGCCCUUCACUGCCCUGCCGCCGGGCCUCAUCCCACGCAAGGUGGGCGUCUACCUUGACUACGACAACGGGCAGCUGUCGUUCUACGACGUGGACAAACACUUCCACAUUUACACCUACAACGAGAGCUUCACUGAGAAGCUGUUCCCCUUGUUUGGUACGGUGGAGAUUGUCAAGGAUCUGGUGAUCAGGUCCCCAGCAGCUAAGACCCAGUGUCUGUGUUCAACAUCCUGCCUGUGGGGAUGAGAUUCCCUCACAUCCACCACCACUUCCAUCAAAGCCCAGUAGACGUGAUAGGAAAGGAUCACAAACCUGGUUAUGUACUAGUCUAAUCAGAGUCAGAGCUUCCGAUGUAAACCAUCGUGCUGUGUAAUGGCUUGACAAUGCUCUCUGCUGCUGCUUCAAUGUGAUUGUUGCUAUCACUUUCACACUGUAGGUUUUAUAGUGUAACACACACCUAAUGUAUUUUCAAAAAAUAAAUGUAUAGUAUUACAGUAUGUAAUCCUGUAAUGAGAAUUCACUCUGGAAAAAAAAUAAAACAAAUCUGCGUCUUA